UAGCAGAGAGCCAGAUCUAAAAUUUGGAUCGCAUAAUGGAGAGUAACUUUUAGUUUAUUUAUGUAUUUUCUCCAACCCUAAAUAAAGUUGGAACAAGAACCAGAAAAACUGCACCAUGGUGACAGAGUUCAUUCUCCUUGGAUUAUCAGACAUCCCGGAGCUGAGAGUCUUCAUCUUUCUACUGUUCCUUCUAAUUUAUGGAGUCACGGUAUUGGGUAACCUGGGCAUGAUAGCAGUGAUUCAGGUCAGCUCUCAGCUUCACACCCCCAUGCACUUUUUCCUCAGCCACUUGUCCUUUGUGGAUUUCUGCUACUCCACCGCUGUUGUGCCUAAGAUGCUGGACAAUAUCUUAAACAAGGACAAAGCCAUUUCUUUUAUGGGGUGUACUGUACAGUUCUACUUGUUUUGCACAUGUGUGGUCACGGAGGUCACACUGUUGGCCGUAAUGGCCUAUGACUGGUUUUUGGCCAUCUGCAGCCCACUGCUGUACAUGGUCAUCAUGUCCCAGAAGCUCCGUGUAGAGCUGGUGUCUGGCUGCUACCUGUGUGGAACAGCGUGUUCUCUGAUGCACUUGUGUUUAGCUCUUGAAAUUCCAUCCUAUCGAUCAAAUGCGAUUAACCACUACUUCUGUGAUCUACCCCUUCUCUUAUUUCUUGCCUGCUCUGAUGUCUCUAUGAAUGAACUGCUGCUGUUUAUUGUAGCCACUGUCAAUGAGAUCGGCACCAUUGUGAUAACCCUCACCUCCUACUUGUUUAUUUUCAUCACCAUUCUGAGGAUGCACUCUGCAGAGAGACGGCACAAAGCCUUUUCUACCUGUGCCUCCCACCUCACAGCCAUCGUUGUCUUCCAUGGAACAAUCCUUUUCAUUUAUUGCUGGCUUAGUUCAGGCAAGAGUUUGGACAAAGAAAAGGUAGCCACAGUGUUCUACACUGUAGUGAUUCCCAUGCUGAACCCCCUGAUCUAUAGCCUGAGGAACAAAGAUGUGAAAGAAGCUAUCAGGAAAAUGGCGGGCCCCAAAAUAUUUUUCUGGAGAACACUUUCUUAACAGGACUGCGAGUUUCAAAGCGGAAGGUGGUGGAGGGGUGAUUAGGUGGGCUACGGUGUUGGACUGGAGAAAACAGUAAGGAACUAGAUAGUUAGGAAUGAUAACUUUUCAUUCACUUAUCUCUGUGCCUUUCUAAUUAACAAGAGAAGAAUUGAGUAUAUUUAAAUAUUUUUAAUACAUUUAUUUACUUUUCUCCAAUCUGUAAUUGU